ACCCUUGAUGCACAGUGCAUUCACUAUUUCUGAUGCAAACUAUCAUCAAACCAUAUAAUAAAGACUGUGUGUAAUGUCAGUGUUUAUGAACCUUAUACUACUGUGUGUUUGGGGGAUCAGUCUUUAUAUACAGUGUCUAGUUUAUUUCGGAUUUCGUUUUUUAUUAAAGUGCACCUAUUAUGUUUUUGGGUUUUUUUCUCUCAAAUAUUACCUUUCAUGUAGUGUGUUAUAGAGCUGUUUGUGCAUGUAAAAACGUCUGCAAACUUUCAGAAAUCAAAGCACAGGACAAACGGAGUUAUUGACUCCCAAAAGAAGGAACCGAUUCUGAACAGCUGAAACGAGUCGUUAGUGAUCCCAGACUUACUUCCUGUACUAACCUAUGUAGGUUUGUAACAAAAAGCCCCACCUCUGGUCUUUAUCAGCUGCUGGAGAACAGACUGAGCUGAUACACUCUAUGGUAGUGGGCGUUUCCUUUUUGAUACGCGCUGACAGCUGUAGACCACUCACAACAGACUGGGACAUCGGACCAAUCAGAGCAGAGUAUGCUCUCCGAAAGGAGGAGUUUAAAAUGAAUCCUUUAGAACGGAUCAUUACACGAGUCAUUUGUGACACUGGGGGGGACAAAGGUAACGCUGCAAUUUAAAUUAUGAGUGCAUUAAAGUGUUUUUUAACCUUGGAUGCAUGUAAAUCUAUUACAUGAAACAUCUAAAACAAACUUAGGUACGUUUCAAAACCAUAUUAGGUGCACAUUAAAAAGUAAAUGAUUUGUGGUUUACAGUUCAGCACAGAAUUGCAAAACAAAAUGGGUUGAUGCUCUCUGAUUUGACCUGUGCGUAAAAUUAGCAAAAUGUAUUUUAUGUAAGUUUACACUACAGCGUUGUUGAAUGCUUGAUUCUGAUUGGUCAGAAGUCUGGUAAUUUUCUAUAACAGCAGCACAACAACAUGAAAUGUAACCAUGAACGGUUCAAAGUACGACGUGUCAUUCUAUCAUAAGUGGAAAAACUGUAAUCAUUUGGCAAAUUGUUUUGAUAUAAGGAGAGUAAAACACUCAGGGGCAAGUGAAACUAUUGCCGGAGCUGUUGUUAUAGAAAGAAUAAAACAUGACUGAGCUGUUAUUGGAAAAUAAUCCGUUUCACACCACCCUGGCGAUGAUUAUUUUCCUGUAACAGCUCCAUCAUGUUUUAUUUCUUAUACCGUAUAGCAGCAACUCUGAAAAUAGUUUCAGGCUGCAAGGUUUAUAUUAAUGUCUUCGUUCUAAUAUGUUCUCGUUUCUACUGUAUAUUAAAAACAUGUGCAGGAUUCGUGUAUGGUGAACACUCCACAUUUAAAAAAAAGGGGGGGGGAAUCUAUGUUGAUUGAUAUCUGUCCUGUCAGGUGACGUUUAUUUAUCAGUUUUGGAAAGAGUCUCCAGUGUUGGUGAUUUGUAACCCUGUGAGGUAACGCUGUAACAUGACAAGCUGCAUUUUUUUGCAUUUUUUGUUUAAUUAACUUGGAAUGAAAUAAAGAGAGACUGUUGAGGGAACGAAUGUUUAUAGCUGCUCUAACAUAGGCGAGAGGAAUUAACUUGUUUAGCGGCCGUUCCACGGCAUUGAAUGUAAACGGGAUAUAAAUAGACAAAAACUACGAUAUGCUGUUCUUUUAGUUAAUUUUUCAAAACAAAAAACUGUUAGCAUCCAGCUAUAACAGGAUUAAAACACUUCAGGGCAUGCUGGUAUUGGAAAAUAAUCAUUUCAGAGUGGUAACAGCCAUCUGCUUCACAUCACACCAUCUCAUCUUUGAUUUAUUCUCCUAUAACAGCAUGCCCGGUGGUGUUUUAUUCCUUCAUUCUGCCACAUGAGAUUUUCCAAGACUGUAUCUGGACAAAUACCAGCAAUUUCAACACCAGUAUGCACAGUGGCAUAAACUAGACGACCCAUGGCAAAGUGGUUGAAAGAUUACUUGAAUUUUGGCAGCAGGAAAGGACCUCCGCAGCCGCCCAAGCCCGAUUACACAGAGAGCGAGAUACUUCGUGCGUACCGUGCCCAGAAGGAGCUGGACUUUGAAGACCCGUAUGAACCCUCCAACCGAGCAAAUAAUGGCUCGGGGAACAGUGACCCAUUUCCUUCCUUCGGAACGGUUCUGCCCAAUGGCAUGGAGGUCAAGAUCGUCUCUCCUAAGCACAGACUAAUAAAAGUGGAAUCUCAGGAAUUCAACCGCUGCAAGGUCCCACUGGGCAUCGUCUCAUUCGAGGAGCCUCAUGUCCCUGUUGUUCCAUCUGCUCCAGCAGUGGGGGACACUGAUUAUUCAGACCCAUUCGACGCUCGUCCAGACCCACGAGCCCAUCUCGGCUGGGAGUCCGGCUCCGUAGAAAACAGCAACAGCUACAUGGAACCAUUCGAGGCCCAGAGAGUCAUCACAGAGUUGCAGCACGGCUCGGAGCAUGGCCACACUGUCUCUCGGGGAAGCCCACAGCUCUACGACAGUCCAUAUGAAGAGCGUGGACACUACAGGACCGGUUUCCCAGAUGAUGAGCGGGAGAAUCGAUUGCCCCAAGAUGACGAAAGGCCUGCAGAUGAGUAUGACCAGCCCUGGGAGUGGAAGAAGGAAAACAUCUCCAAGGCAUUAGCUGUACAGUUUGAUGGUGGCGAUUGGGAGCGCUCCACACUGCCCCACACGGACCAGCACCGUAGAACUGGAGCAUCCAGAACCAGUCCUCCAUCCAGCAAGGUCACCAGUCUACGCAAACCCAGUGACCUCCACACCAUCCUAGGGGAGAGGGUGGACCCUAUAUUACCUCUGGAACAACAAGUGUGGUACCACGGUGCACUGACGCGCUCUGAAGCUGAGAGUCUGCUGACACUGUGCAAAGAAUGCAGUUACCUGGUGAGGAACAGUCAGACAAGCAGAAACGACUACUCUCUCUCCCUCAGGAGCUGUCACGGCUUCAUGCAUAUGAAGUUCUCUCAGUCACGUGAUGGGAAGUACAUCCUCGGCGAGAACAGUCCCCCCUUCGACACAAUUCCAGAGGUCAUCUACUACUACACCACCCACAAGCUACCCAUCCGGGGUGCAGAACACCUCUCUCUGCUCUUCCCUGUGGUGGUCCAGACUCUCUGAGAACAUGCACAGCUGCACACUGGCCCACAAACACAAGCACAGGCCUGGACUUCUUUUGGCUUAGGGUGCACACACACACACACACACACACACACACACACACACACACACACACACACACACACUCAGGGUCUAAUAUUGGUCAGCUUGCAGUAGCGCUUUGUAUUUGAUGAAAUGUGUAGUUUUAUGUGUGGAUUUUAAUAAUGGCUACCAAUGAUCUUUCAUGAAUUGGUUUGAAUCUGCUCUGAAUCACAAUUUGGAGUGUGGUUCAUCUGCAGGCUGGAAUUUAAAUGAAGAUUAAUGUGAAGGCUGAAGUGAUGCUUUAGGUUAUUUGAAUACAUUUGACACUACACAAUUCCUCUUGCUUCUAAUACUCUUUACACUAUGUGACUUGAACAAAACUGUGUUCCAGAAUGACCUUCGUACAGUGCAUCGCUUGCCUUUACAACUAGUACUCUAUUAGGCAGUUUUUAGAAAGGCCUCAACACUAUUCUGGAGUUUCCUUAAACGACGGAAGUAUGGACGCUCAGUUUCUACUGUGCUCUUUUAGGAAAUGCCUUUGCUAAACUGCCACACUGUUAUCAGCAUGUCCUACACCCCAUCGAGCUGUAGAUCCUUGUACUGUUCCUUCCAUAUCUCCUGCUCUAGGCACCCGAUAGAUGAAUAUUAAGAUAUCCGUAAUUAGGGAUGCAUCAAUACUGAUACUUGUACACGUAAGUGCUCCGAUGCCACAUUAUACUGUGUAAGGUAAGCCUAGUGUACAAAAUGCCAGGAGUCUGGAGGUAUUUUCAGAAUCACCUUUCCAAUGUAAGACAGAUGGAAAACUUCUGUAGUAAAUUCUCUUGAAAUUUUCACAUCUUCCUACAAUGCAAGUAACUUGAUUAAACGCAAUAAGAUGCGUUAACAGUAUGUUUAAUAGAGUGUGAAGAGGGCUGAGCAGUAUAUGUGAGCACUGAGCUCAAGGUACUGAAAGUUGCGCGCACGCAAAUGUGGAGCAGUGAAGUUUCCGUUCAGCGAGAAAUAAGACACGGACGCUUCGUUUCCGCUCACUCCCCUUAUGAGUUAAGGUGCAAUUCACCGCAUUUUAAAUGCUGCAAGGGUAUGUAUAUGCUGAUGCUUCACUGUGCAUUCAAGUCAGCAUCAGUCUCUAUAUUAAAGAUAAUGUUUAAACACCAUCCAUAAUACUCAUCAUUAGGAGCUAAUUGUUAGGAGCAGCAACCAAAAUAAUAUUUCCAUGAUGCCCCUGAUGGUAAGGUACUACGUCGGCUACUCAUUUCAGUAUCAAUAUUGGUAUUGAUGAGUACAAAAAACAUGUACUCUUACGCUGGAAAAGUGGUAUGGAUGCAUCCCUGUCAAUAUUAUAGACGAUAUAGAUAUAAAUAUCAAGCUUAGCCAAAUCAAGUUGCUUGUAUAGUAAUAUAUGAAUGCGAAUAUUCCAUUUAUCUUUUGGAGUUUUUGCAGCCACUGUGGGUUUUGAUAAUGGGUGAUUGAGACAUACUGUUAAAGGAAACCAGGCAACAGCUGUGGAACGUGUGGAAUGUCUUUCCCUGGCACAGCCGAGCAACCGUCGCUGCACGUGCCGGAGGCAGUGACUUGGGCGCGAGUUUAGAGAGAAGUGAAAAUUGGAAGAGAAAUCUUCACCUCGCCAGAGCUGUGAACCACUCAGUCGCGCCCGUCCUCUGUACACCAACGAUUUCUAUCCUUUUUUUUUUUUUUUUUUUUGGCAGGAGAAAGGAAGCCACCGUUUCUGCAGGGCUGCGCUUCAUCAGAGGUUUCCAUUCACAGCUGGAAAGGUCACACUUACACUGUACACUUACACUAGAAACUACUGAACACAUGGGCACCAGUAACACUUCCUUUGUUGUGAUUGUACGGUUUACAUUUUAGUUGAAUUUCUUUGUAAAUAGGAGCAAUAGAAACAGUUUUGUAGUCAUGGGGACAUGUGAACAAAUACACCAUUAUGAGAUUCACUUUGAAUAUUAUUCACUCCUCCUUAUCUGACGCCGUUUCCCAUUGAGUGAAACGAAGCUUUAUUUUGAUUGUGUUUAAACAUAGGUUAUAUCUGAAGCCUAGUUUUCACAGAGAAGAUUGAUGUGUUUUUUGUGUGUGUGUGUGUGAUAUGUUUUGUGUUGGUCAGUUUGAGCUUCAGACUGAAAAAAGUAAAAACGUGACACGAAAUACAUCCUGGAAGUUCAAUAUUUAUAUCCAUAACAUGUUUCACUGAUUGAGAUGAUUUUUCCAUCACAAAUCACACAAGUCCUCACAGCUGUGUAGUUAAAGGGAUGGAUCAAUGUUUUUAAACCUAAUCUCUGUCUACUGCAUAUGUAGUAUGUGUGGCAUUAUUAUAGGCAAGAAUUUCGACACGUAUCCCUGCAUUGAGAGAAGAACAGAAAACUUCAAUUUAAUAGACGUCUAAGGGCAUCAAUUGAACUCAAUUGAUAAACUCCUAAUGCAACUUCUAAACUACACCCACUACACUCUAACGAUAAAGGUCCUAUGAUACCAAAGUUCUUCUUAUGAACAUUUAUCCACCAGUUGACAUAACACUUUACCAAAAAGCAUGGUGUUAGACAGAAACUACCCUGGUCAUUUAUUCAAUUUGUAAAAUUAUUCCCAAUUAUGAAAGAACAAAUAUGAACUUGGCAUUAUUUAAGCACUAUUUCACAAGGCAGAGUGCGGUUAUACCGAUGAGCAGCACGACUGUGAUUCGCCGCAGACACAAGCCCACAGGGCAGAAUGAUGCACACAGUGAAAUGUCCCAAUAGAAAUAACUGAAAUAAGUGUUUUGCGCAAACAUCUAUCGAUUCCCCCAACAACUGCUCUUAGACGUCCAUUACAAGUUCGCUUUGACCGAACUUUUCUGUUCUGUUGUGUGUCAGAUUAUUGUCUGGUGUAUGAUAAUUGCACGUAGGCUACAGAUGCAAUAAAAGAAGAUUAUGUUGAAAAACACUGGAGUAUACUGUAAAGCUAUUAGACCUUUGGCACACGCUAGCAUUAUCACAAGAUCUACUCUGUUGCAGAGUGUAAUAUUAGAGAACUACACUGUAGUUGUGCUUGAUUAUGAUGACUGACUUUCUGUACUUUGUUUCUUUUGAAUAAAAUAAGCUUUUUUUAAAAUAAAAUAAAAUAAAAUGAUAAUAAUAAAGGCU